AUGGGGUUCCUUAAGAGACCCACACUGCGCAGUCGCGACGACCAGAGGACGCGUGCUGCUGAACUGACGCUGCGCGAGUCCAUCUACCCGCUCUGCCUCGUCACCAUUCUAUUCUUUCUCUGGGGAUUCUCGUACGGUCUUAUCGAUACCCUCAACAAGCAUUUUCAAGACGUCCUUGGCAUAACGCGCGCUCGCUCUUCAGGCUUACAGGCAGCAUACUUCGGCGCGUACCCACUUGCUUCCCUCGGUCAUGCCAACUGGCUUCUGCGCCACUGGGGCUACAAAGCAACCUUCAUCUGGGGUCUGACACUUUACGGCGUGGGCUCUCUUCUUGCCUGGCCAUGUCUUGUAUAUCGUUCGUUCGGAGGCUUUUGUGUAGCCAUCUUCGUCAUCGGUAAUGGACUAGGCUCGCUUGAGACAGCAGCCAACCCUUACCUGGCUGUUUGCGGACCACCCAAGUAUUCAGAGAUCAGGAUCAACAUCGCGCAGGCUUUCAACGGCAUCGGCACUGUGGUAGCGCCAGUUUUAGGGUCAUAUGUCUUCUUCAACAACGUUGGCACCGAUCAAGCAUCCCUUGAGAACGUGCAAUGGACUUACCUCGGUAUCGCAUGCUUCGUUUUUCUCCUUGCGAUCGUUUAUUACUUCACGGAGAUACCUGAGAUCACUGAUGCCGAUAUGGCUUUUCAGGCUGAAAGCACUCACGCUGGCACCGACGUAAAGCCUUUCCGCAAACAAUACCGUCUCUUCCAUGCGACAUUUGCUCAAUUCUGCUACACUGGCGCACAGGUGGCGAUAGCUGGAGCCUUCAUCAACUAUGUCGUCGAGACAAGGGUCAUAAAUGGACGCGAAACCGACAAUUCGACAGCAGCUCGGUUCCUUGCUGGUGCACAGGGCUGUUUCACUAUGGGUCGCUUCAUUGGCAGUGCCUUCAUGAAGUUCGUCAAACCACGAUGGGUGUUCCUCGCGUUCAUGACGUUAUGUAUCGUCUUCGUCAUCCCUUCCAUUACCGAGCGAGGCAAUACCGGCAUGAGCAUGCUUUACAUUGUACUCUUCUUUGAGAGUAUUAUCUUCCCGACGAUUGUUGCGCUUGGUAUGCGCGGACUGGGUAAGUACUCAAAGAGAGGCUCGGGCUUCAUCGUGGCCGGUGUAUCUGGUGGUGCUGUCGUCCCUCCACUACUGUUUGGAGCGAGUGACACGCUAGGGAAGGCUAGACCUCUGGAUGGAUAUGCGCCCACCGCCAUCGCCAUGACCGUUCCGAUGGCGUUCUUCAUUGCGGCGUGGAGCUAUGCUUUCUGUGUCAACUUUGUGCCAGCCUACCGUAAUGUCGCAGACAAGUUCUCCACAGCCGAAAUUGGUAUCGAGAAUGCGCAUGCAAAUGAUCCUGAGCGUCAAAUGCAGCACACAGAUGGUGGUGUACUUACUAAGGAGGAGUCGCCAACUCAUACUGAGGCGGUAGAUAUCGACAGGAAGACAUAG